CUCUAUGCUUAGGUAUCCGUAGCUCAUUGGAUCACAUGGAAUUUUUCUUUUUCAUUAAUUCGUGUUAAAUUCAAAAAAAAAAUGUUGAUCAAUUUUAGAGGAAAAGUUUUACGAAUUAAUAAUUUUAGAUUUUCAUCAUCAUCAUCAUCAGCAGUUAGAAAGAGAAAUACAAAACAAAAUGACGAAAUAAAAUUGUUGACCAAUGAUGAAAAUAAUUUUCCCUUGUUAAAAAUUUUACCUUUUGGUAAUGUUCGUCGUGAACAAAGAAUUUUGAUCAAAUCAGAAGUAAUAAGCCCACGUUAUAAACGUUUAAAAGAAAAUUGUAAUUGGACUAAUGUAUGGCCAACAGCAAGAAAUUUUCAUCCAGCAACCAUACCAUUACCUAUUCAUAUGAGUUAUGUAGAUGAUAAUAAAAUUAGUGCACCAGUUGGAAAAUUUAAUAAUCCUGAAUUGUUAAAAAUACCAAAUUUUUUUCAUCUAACACCAAUCACUGUUAAACGACAAUGUGAAGCAAUCAAACGUUUUUGUACACGUUGGCCAAAAGCAUUAAAAACUGAUGAUGAUUGUCAACGUCAUUUUCCUAUCACUAUUCGUACAAAAGAUUUUGUUUUCAGUGGUCCAUCUAUUCGUUGGCCAGAUUCAAGAAUUGUUGAAUUAUCAUUUAAACUUUCCGGUUUAAAAUUAGAUGAACAUUCUCAUGAUAAAAUGAAACGAUUAUUAGCACAUCGUUAUAAUCCCGAAACAGAUAUAGUAACUAUUCGUACCGAUAGUUGUCCAUUACGUAAACAAAAUUAUGAUUAUGCUCAUUAUCUACUAACAGCAUCAUAUUUUGAAUCAUGGAAAAUAGAAAAAUGGGAAACAGAAAAAGAAUAUAGUGAUUGGGAAAAAUAUUUUUGGAAUCAAAGUAAAUCACGUGAAUCAUUGUUAAAUUAUUUAAAAAAAUGUCAACCCAAAAUAUCAAUCGAACAAUUGGAACAACAAUCAAAUGUUAAACAAUAUGCUGAUGCUGUAAUCAAAUUAUAUGGUGAUAAUGAUGGUAUUGAAAAAUCCGAAACAAAUGAAUCAUUAAAUCAAUAUAAACAAUCAGUGUUGAAAAUUUUAUUUCCAUAAUAAUUUUCAUUG